AUGUCCACGGCAACCCGCUCCAGGACUCGCUCUCGCGCUCACCUUCCUCGCUCGCAGUCGCACCAAGCAGGCAUUCAGCAAUUCACAAAGACAGCCAAGCCAGGAACUCUUCCUUCCUCCAAGUCGCUCUUGCUUCUCGAUGGAGAGAAGCCCUCCUGCCAACUGACUGCGUCUCCGUCGAAGAAACGAAAACUUAAUGAGAUCACGACAACUACCAACGAUGAUACCAAAAGUGCAGCGGAGGCAGCCGCAUCCUCUACACAGUCCCCGCCAGAUCGAUCAGUCGAAGAUACUCCAUCCAAGACUUUGAAAUUUUCCGAUCUCUCCGUCUCGACUCCACGAAGCUCCCGAACGAGGCCAGCCGCAACCCCUACCAGGAGCAAGACCACGGUGCGUGCCCGCUCACACCCGAAACCACCUACUUUCAAAAAAUCCACUUCCACACCAAAUAUUGCUGAAUCAGCCACGACCACGAAAUAUCCCGCCGCACUCACUGAAUUCCUCCAUCUUCACUCUUGCUUUCUGAAGGCUCUCUCCCUUCACUCCGCUCACAAUGAAUACUCCGCAUCCGCCGAUCUUCGGGAACUUUUGCCCAGUAUCGAAAAAAUAUGGAAAAAGCGAAAAGUCGUGACGAAGGAUGUGCAAAGAUUAGUACAGGUGUGGGAUGAUGAUUCAAUUACGAAUGAGGAGACGAAGGAGACGACGAGUUCGAAUAGCAACAACCUGCGUUUCCGACUUGCGAACUAUGGCUUGGGCAAAGUCUGUAUCGAACGAUUAGACGUUUCGGGGCCAGGAUCACAGGGAAUGUUUGACGAGAACCAUUUCCAAGAACGAUUCGUGCAGAUCCUGGAAACGAAAUGGCAAGAACAAAUCGAUGCUCAAAACGACGCAAAGAAGAAAGAGGAGAUGGAGACCUCCUUUCAAAUAGACACGCUUCCUCUCGCUCCUAUCCAAGCCUGUCUGACUCCCUUCAACACAUUUCGCAAAGGCCAGCAACGACUCCAAGACCUCAAAGGCGGAGUUAUCAAAGUCAAGACAGCCAUGAUGAAAGCCACCUCCAUCACACCCGGAGAAUCAGGAUUCGAAACUCCAGCCGUCGCUCGUGAUCCAACUGCCGAGCGCCGCAAAGGUCUGUUCGAGCGUAUCAAGAACAAAGAACUUAUACAAUCGAAACUUGGGCCAGCUCCAACAAAGGAACAAUUACUCCGUCGAUCUGCGGCUCAGCGAGCUGAGGAUGUGACCAAAGUACUUGCGUUGUUGAGACCUUCAUAUACAAUGACAGUCAACAACGACACCGUCGUUGCUCAAAGGAAACCAUUCUCAUGGCAGACACUCAUCCAGACCAUCCGAGAUUCUCUUCGGAACCCAAUUCCAGCUGAGGAGAUUGCUGCUUGUUUGGAUAUACUAGCACAAAAAGAUGUUGCUGGUGACUGGGUCGAUGUUGUUACUAUCGGUAGCUUGAAAUCAGUGGUUUUAAUGUCCGCCCGUGAUAUCUCGCCGAAAGAAAUUGGGAUUAAAGUGGGCAAGAUGCAGUUUUGA